CACACACACACACAAACACAUAAGAAAAAAGAGAGGAAAAAAAAAAAGAGAAAGAAGGCAACAACAGCAAUAUCCAAAGCAAACUCAUCAGCACACUCUGCAACACAGCAUGCAGACGCCAACCAUGUCGACGUCCAUGGCGACGCCGGCGACGGCAACGAGGAGGCAAUGGCAAUGCGACGGGUACCAGCAGCAGCCGCAGCAGGUGGUGGUGCAGCUGGGGCGGCGGAGCGGGGUGGCAGGCGGCGCGGCGCGGGCGUCGGGCUCGGGCGGGAAGAGGAAGAAGAAGAACCCGUGGCUGGACCCGUUCGACGACGGGCCCGACGACGAGUUCGACUACCGCGGGGUGUUCUCCGGCGGGAAGCAGGAGGAGGACCCGCGGCCGGCGGAGGACCCGGCGAACCCGUACGGGUUCCUGCAGUUCCCGGCGGGGUACAACCCGGAGCUGGACAGCCUCGCGUCGAAGGUGCGCGGCGACGUGCGGCGGGCGUGCUGCGUGGUGUCCGGCGGGGUGUACGAGAACGUGCUCUUCUUCCCGGUGGUGCAGCUGCUGCGGGACAGGUACCCCGGCGUGCUGGUGGACGUGGUGGCGUCGCCGCGCGGGAAGCAGGUCUACGAGAUGUGCAAGAACGUCCGCUACGCCGACGUCUACGACCCCGACGACGAGUGGCCCGAGCCCGCCGAGUACACCCACCAGCUCGGCGUCUUCAAGAAUAGGUACUAUGAUCUGAUCCUGUCCACCAAGUUGGCCGGGAUAGGGCAUGCGCUGUUCCUCUUCAUGUCGUCGGCCCGUGACAAGGUCAGCUAUGUUUACCCCAACGUCAACAGCGCCGGCGCAGGGCUGUUCCUCACCGAAAUGUUUACGCCGCCGACCACCAACCUGUCUGACGGUGGGUACAACAUGUACAAGGACAUGCUGGAGUGGAUUGGUCGGCCGGCGAAGGGCGUGCCGGAGCAGUCGAUACCGCCGCUGCGGGUGUCCAUCUCCAAGAAGCUCCGGGCGUUCGUGGAGGACAAGUACAGCCGCGCCGGCGUCGAGAAGGGCAAGUUCGUCGUCAUCCACGGCAUCGCCUCCGACUCCGUCGCCAACAUGAAGUCCAGGGGGGACGACGACUGCCUCCUCCCACUCGAGCACUGGGCAGAGAUCGCCAAGGAGAUCAGCUCUGAAGGAAGUGGCCUGAAGCCUCUGUUCGUGAUCCCUCAUGAGAAGCACAGGGAAGAGGUCGAGGAGAUUGUGGGGAAGGAGACUAGCAUCAUGUUCAUCACCACUCCUGGUCAGCUCACCUGCCUCAUCAACGACUCCGUUGGCGUCGUCGCGACCAACACCGCCGCCGUUCAGCUCGCCAACGCCCGGGACAAGCCAUGCGUGGCGCUCUUCUCCUCCAAGGAGAAGGCGAGGCUGUUCCUGCCGUACGCGGAAGAGAAGAAGGGCUGCGCGGUCAUCGUGUCGGAGACGGGGAAGCUGAUCGACAUCGACGUCGACGCCGUGAAGAAGGCGGUGAAGGAGUUUGAGGCCACCCCAGGCUUCGCAUUGGCUCAAACAUGAUCACCACCAACACCAUCAUCUUGAUUGCAUUGUAGAUAUAUAGGUCUGCACAGUGACAGUGAGCUUUACAUACCUGAUACAGUGUCUUGUAGUCCUUCAGCUCAGCUACACAAGAUCCUCAUACAAGAUUGUCAACCAAUCAUGAAAUGACCCCAAAGGAGACAGACUCUAUUCACAAAAUGGAACUGGCAUAUACCCCUUGCACAUGCUUAUGAUAUAACACCACCAGAUACAAUAACCAUAUGACGGCAUGAAUCAGCUUAGAUGUGCAAUGAAUCCAAUCAGAGCACCAACACAUGGAGUUCUCAGGUCUUCUUGUUGCUUAGCCUCAGUAAGCGAUACAGUACCUAUACACACUAGGGGUUUGGAAAUCUAUACAAGGGGACAACUGUAAGUAUCAUGGCUUCAAGAGCCUAGAUGCUUCGUCUAUCCAAUGGUGCUCCGCAGAAUGCCAACCCUCAACUCAUGUACAGAAUCUAACACAACAAUAGAUCCCUGAACCAAUAAAUACCACAAA